AAAGCUCAGGUUUGUACUAAUCCACAGAAUGUCUGAAAACUUCAGCAUUUGAGGUCUCUAGGACUCCUGUCUGACACAGAGUGCAGGAGUAAAGGAGACCCUGACACCAGUGGAAACGAUGCGGGGGAGUAUCUAAUGUCACAUGGCCAUUGGCUAUCUUUCUCCUGACAUGGUCUCUCUGAGAGUCAGUCAAGCAAGUCAGCUAGUACCUUCUGGAGUCAGGGCAGAGGUGAAAGGCCCCCAGAGCCAGCACAUCAUCGUAGCUGUGAUCCUGACCAAGCUCUUUUCUGGCUGUGAAAUCCCAGGCCACAUUGCACAGGAUUCGAACUGUGUUCUUUGCCUCCAGUCCUCAAAACUGAGGGAGUAGAGAGCAACGUGCACGAAUCUGAUAUCACCCUAUUCAAGGAGACAGAUGGACGAAAGAUGUUCAGUGGAUGAAAGGAGAGAAUUUCCACGGCGUAAGGUUGCAUUAACCCUGGGAGUUACAUGUUUUUUCCUCCUGCUGGCAAACACAGGCUUGAGAUAUAUGCUUUUUCACAGGUGUUCUGGAGAAAUCAGGCAAGAUAUGAAAACACUAGAAGACAAGAAUGCUUCCUUAGCAGAAGUUGAAGAUCACUUAAUUUUACUACCCACUACAGCACGGAAUGAAGACGAUGACACAUUUCAAGGAAAAUGGUACUGCUGUGGAAAAAGCUGUUACCACUUUUCAGAAGAGGAGAAAACUUGGGAGAGGAGCAUGGUGUCAUGCCAAGAUCUGCAGGCUAGUCUCCUGAAGAUUGAUACUAAAGAGGAGCAGGUCCUUGUUCAAUCAAAAAUAAAAUAUAAUCAUUGGAUUGGAUUAAUUAGGGUUCAAGAAGGCAGGUAUCCCUGGCAAUGGCUGGAUGGCUCACCCUUAUCUCAGAAGCUGAAUUUCCAACAGAGUUUAUCUCCUGUGAAAUGUGGACACCUGAAACCAUCAAAUAUUUAUAGUGCUGAUUGUAGUAAAAGCUUCCGUUACAUUUGUGAAAAGGAGUUCUCUGGCCCUGAUAUUUAA